CCCCCGCAUUCCCCACGCCGCCACCCUCGCCCAAAUAUCCCGCGCGCGCGCCACCCGGGAGCGAUCCAUCCAUCCUGCCACGGGCGGCCCCCUGCAGGAGGAGCCGCGCCCACGGGCGGACCACCACCCACCCAGCGCGGCUGCCCGCACGCGCCCGCGCCCCUCCGUGAAAUCCAGGGGGGCGGUGCGGGGCGGGGGGCGCCUUUGGCGGUCGUCCUCCCGUCGGUUUGACCGCCCGCGACACCGCCGUGUAGCGCUCGAUUCCUCGCCGGAGGUGCCGUGGCGGAUGCGCGCGGCCCUGGACGAGGCGUGCCCGCUGUGUGGCGUUGGGCCGCCGCCCGCGCGCGUCACGCUGCACAGGCGGAGGCUGCCGGCGGAGGCGCAGGGGCUCGCCGUGGUGAGGGUUGGGGUUGGGGAUGAGGCGGCGGCGCUGCGGGAGGCGGUGGCGAGCCAUCAGCGCGGGAUCGCGGAGCUGCACGCGGAGCUGGAGGCCGAGCGCGGCGCCGCCGCGGGGGCCGCUAGCGAGGCCAUGUCGAUGAUCCUCCGCCUGCAGCGGGAGAAGUCGGAGGCCAUGAUGGAGGCGCGCCAGUUCAGGCGCUACGCCGAGGAGCGGUUCGCCCACGACGCCGCCGAGGCCGCCGCGCUCCGGGACGCCGUCGCGCAGCGGGACGCCACCGUCCACUCGCUCGCCGCGCAGCUCAGGGCCUGCCGCUUCCGCCUCCUCCACCUCGGCUUCCGCUCACCGUUGUCGUCCCCCACCUCCGCCGCCGCUGAGGCUCGCCAGGACGGCGACGAAGAUCACCCCUUCGACGACGAUUACCCUCCCAUAAACUGCAUCGAACACCCUGCCUCCUCCGAUGUGGGCACACCGCGCACGCACCACCUGCUCAACAGAAUGCCUGGUCGGGCCUCAUCCGCUGAUAAGGGAGUCAUAUGUUCAUCCCGCACAAACCUGUUUCCUGACGAUGGCUACGUCGAUAUGGCCGAUGAAUUCCCUCUCCUUGUGGACCGGGAGGCAUCAGAUCAGGAAGAUGACAGUGACAGGGUGUACACAGUGGAUGCCGUGCAUGGCGUGCCUGUGGCAGAGCCAGAUGAUUGUUGCUAUAUCGGGACGCCAAUUGGUAGCGAAGCGAGCUUCAGGGGCACGAUUGGUGCUUGGGCGGAGGAGGAGGAAAUACAGAAGCUCAGCGCAAGAUUGCAGGCUCUGGAGGCAGACCGGGAGUCAAUGCGGCAUGCCAUCAUGUCUAUGGGAUCUGAGAAGGCGCAGGUUCUGCUGCUAAAGGAGAUUGCUCAGAAACUAUGCAAGGAGGAGGGAGCACCACUGCAAGCAAUUUCACUUAAGGUGCAGUCACCACCGCAACCAGUGGUGGUGGCACAGAGGAAGGUGGUGAAGAGGCAGAGCUUCGUGAAAUUCUUUGUCAUUGCAGCGAUUAAGUGGAUCGCCUCUGUUUUUUGCUGGCGAAGGAAAUCAAAUCGUGUCAAGUACCCUAUCGGUAUGUGUGGGAGCAAUGUCGGACUGAUGCUGCUACUGAACAGGUUCCCCAAGCAAAGGCGCAGAAGAUACCUCAAAAGAAACUAGCUGCUACGUUUACUGAUUGUACACACAAAGGAUUCUGGUGCCUCUGCGAUUCUCUCUCCAAAUGAGUUUAUUUCCCUGGAUAUAAAAUGCUCAUUUGCAUGC